AUGAUGGAGGAGCCACCGGAGUGUCCGGUGUGUCUACAGUCUUACAACACCGAGUCCACGCUUCCACGCGUACUCUCCUGCGGCCACACGGCUUGCGAGGAAUGUCUAACGAACAUCCCCAAGAAGUUUCCGGACACAAUCCGAUGUCCGGCGUGCACCGUUCUCGUCAAGUUCCCACCUCAGGGCCCAUCGGCUCUCCCCAAAAACAUCGAUCUUCUCAGAUUGUUCCCUUCGAUCUCAAACCCUACGCCCCGGAACUCGAAAAAACCCUCCUUUGAAUUCGUCGCUCGAUCAUGGUCCGACGAGUUCUACGCCGCUUGGAAAAAUCGGAUUUUACCUUUUGACGCCGUCUCCGUAGAGAGAGAAAGUGCUGACUUUGCUCCGUCUUCGCGUCUGUGUGGGUGUUUGAAGAGUGAUGAUGAUGAUUUAAAGGUUAGUCUUUUACGGGUGGGUUCGUUCCAGCGUGAUGAGGGUUGUGAUUCUGUUUUUGAGUUAAGUUAUGUCCUGAGGAUGAUUAGUUGUCUUUGGGAGAUGGAAGAGGAGGAAAGAGAUGAGCUUGAUAUGAUUAUGUGUCUUGAAGAGAGAGGUGUCUCUAGAGUUUUGGGCUUGUGGGGUGAUUUGAAGAGUGGGAGUUUGUAUUUAGUUGGUGAAAAGCUUAAAGACUUUUUUUGGGAGGAGUUUGAGGAUAUCAGUGGAGAUAAUGCGUCGUGUUUAGCAGUGAUGGGUAUGCAGUUAUGUGAGGCGCUUCUUAGUUUGCAUAAGGAAGGGGUAAGCACAGGGUGUUUGAGUGUUUCUUGUGUUAAGUUUGAUGAGUUUGGGAAUGCUUUUGUUGAUUUGAUUGAGUUGAUAGAAACUGGAAGGAACGUGUAUGGACUCAUAUCUGAAGAAACUUGCGGAAAACCAGUUGGUGCUUUAGAAAUGGGAUUGAUUUUGAAGAGAUUAGUAAAGAAUGGGGUUCUCAUGAGCGUAGAGGUGUUGUUUGAAUUGUUGAAAAAGCAGGACUUGUUGACAACACAGGCCAGCUCAGAAUGUCUGGUUUUGUAUAGCUCCGAUGUCUGGCCAGUCUGUUUACUUCUCCUUGUGCUUCUUGGUGGGAAACGGUUUUCUGAGGAGCUGACUGAAAGUGUUAGUGGUGUGGAAGCAAAAGUAUGCGAAGGGAAAAUUGAGGAUCUCUUGUUACUGUACACAGAUUUUAUGGACAAACUAAGUUCUAUCCUGGAAUCAAAACUUAGUGGAAAGUUUAAAUCUAUGGUUGAAAUUCUCCGCCAAUGUUGCUGUAUUGAUCCUCAGGCACGUCCAGUUUUAACUGAUCUCUGGAAAUGCAACAGGGAGCUGGUCAUGAAUCACAGGUUGAGCUCUACGUUUCCAUUGAACAAGAAGAAACCUGGGAAAAGGAAAGAUUUUUGUUUGGUUCUAGGUGAGUUAUGCCGCCUGGUAGUAGUGGGAUCCAAAGAACUAGAAGAACUGGAGAGUGGCGGUGUAGCAGAAGAAGGCAACCUUGACAAGGACUUUUUUGGGAAACUAUCAGAAGGUAAAAUAAAAUAUAAGGACCUCCGGGGGCACCAAGACAGUGUCACAGGUUUAGCGGUUGGAGAUGGGUUCCUGUUCAGCUCUUCGCUUGAUAAAAAUAUCCAUAUAUGGUCUCUGAAGGAUUUCUCUCAUGUGCAUACAUUUAAAGGUCAUCAGGAUAAAGUAAUGGCUUUGAUAUACAUCAAGGGAGCAGAAUCAGUAUGUGUCAGUGGCGAUGGUGGAGGAGGUAUAUUUGUAUGGAGCACAAGUUUCCCUCUGGAAGAACAGCCGAUAAGAAAGUGGUACGAGCCUAAAGACUGGAGAUAUUCUGGCAUCCAUGCGUUGGCAUACUCAGAAGAUGGGUAUGUGUAUAGUGGCAGUGGAGAUAACACUAUCAAAGCUUGGUCACUCCAAGAUGGAAGACUUGUUUGCACAAUGACUGGUCAUAAAUCUGUAGUAUCAACGCUUGUUGUGCUAAAUGGAGUACUGUACAGUGGAAGUUGGGAUGGCACCGUGCGGUUGUGGAGUCUAAGUGACCACAGUUUCUUGACGGUGUUGGGGGAAGAGACUCAAGGUAUUGUAAAAUCUAUUCUGUCUCUAGCUGCAGAUGAUGGUACCUUAGUUGCAGCUUAUCAAAACGGAGAUAUACAGAUAUGGAGGGAUGACACAUCGAUGAAGUCUAUGCAAAUACAGAGCAGUGCAAUUCUCAGCGUUGCCCUGAACGGUAAAUGGCUAUUCACUGGAGGUUGGGACAAAACUGUUAAUGUUCAGGAAUUAUCUGGGGAUGAGAUAUCUCUAGAGUGUACUCACGUGGGAUCGAUCCCUGGUUGUUCAGUAGUCACAUCUUUGUUAUAUUGGGAAGGCAAACUCUUUGCAGGGUUUGCGGAUAAAACAAUCAAGGUAUAUUAUAGUGGACGUUAA